UCGUGGAAGUAUUUGCCAACAGUGCAACACAAGCAGUUCAUUGAUUAAGUUUUUAGUGCAUUUACUAAGUAAUUAAUUUAAACAACAACAAAAAAUCAUGAAGUUCCAUUUAGUUGUGAUUUUUGCCAUCAUUGGCUUUGCCAUGGGAACCUUUGUGUGCCCCGAAGAGCAAGAACAGCGUAAGGAUCUUAUUAUGUUCCCGCAUGAAUCGGACUGUGGAAAAUUCUACAUCUGUAGCCAUGGAAGACCACAUGAGUUUUCUUGCCCAUGGGGACUUCACUUCAAUCCAGAGAAAAAUUUGUGCGAUUGGAAGGAAAAUGUUGAAUGUAACUACGAAACUACCACACCUGGCAAUACUGAGGCUACACCUGAGGAGGAUUAUUAAAACAUUCCAUCGAUCCUACUCUGUAUAAAUUAGUAUUUUCCCCUGAAAAUCUUCAUUCAUAACUGCUGUAGAAUAAUUUUAUUUUUUUACAUCACAAUAAAUUCAUUUUUUAUCUAAUUCAAAA